AUAACAUCAGUGGAUCGAGAACUGAGCAACACUACUACACACACAAGAGCCAGCCAGAGUGAUAGAGAGGAGAGCAAUGGCCGGUCAGGCGCCGACCAUCCAGGUUCCCACGGAUGCCGAGCUGCUGCAGGCACAGGCUGACCUGUGGCGCCACAGCCUCUACUACCUCACGUCCAUGGGGCUCCGCUGCGCCAUCAAGCUCGGCAUCCCGACGGCCAUCCACAACUUUGGCGGUGUCACCUCGCUGCCGGAUCUGAUGGCUGCAUUGUCGCUCCCUGCAAGUAAGCAGCCAUUCCUCGGCCGCCUGAUGCGUGUGCUGGUCACGUCGGGCGUCUUUGCAGCCGGCGGCGACAACUCCCACUCCGAGGCGGAGGCGGAGCUGUUCCGGCUCAACCCGCUGUCGCGCAUCCUGGUGGACGGCGUGGUGGCGGACGAGCACCACAGCCAGACGUCCUUCGUGCUCGCCGCGACGUCGCCGUUCUACACGGAGGCGGCCCUGGGGCUGGCCGACUGGUUCAGGAAAGACAUCGCGGGGCCGGUGCCGUCACCGUUCGAGGACGUGCAUGGCGCGUCGCUCUUCCACGAGAGCACGGCGCUCCUGGACCAGGAGCUCGACGAGCUGGUCACCGAAGGUCUGGCCGCCCAUGACAACCUAGGGAUUGGCACGAUCAUGCGGGAGUGCCAUGACCUCUUCAAGGGGCUUGAGUCUCUUACUGACUGUUGUGGUGGCGAUGGGACGACGGCGAGGGCCAUCACCAAGGCCCAUCCGCAUGUCAAGUGCACCGUGCUGGACCUUCCCAAGGUGAUCGACAAAGCUCCUUCUGACGGGAUCGUCAACUAUGUUGCUGGUGACUUGUUCCACUCCGUUCCAAAGUCUCAGGCUGUGAUGCUCAAGCUUGUGCUGCACCACUGGAGUGAUGAGGACUGUGUGAAGAUCUUGUCCCAAUGUAAGGAUGCCAUUCCUUCACAUGAGGAGGGAGGAAAGGUGAUCAUUAUAGAUAUUGUGGUUGGGCCUUCAUUAGGACCAGUAAUAUUUGAGGCCCAGCUUUUGAUGGACAUGCUCAUGCUUGUGAACACAAGAGGUCGUCAACGUACUGAGAAUGACUGGCGUGAGCUAUUCAUGGAGGCAGGGUUCAGUGACUAUAAAAUUGUCAAGAAACUAGGAGCACGAGGUGUCUUCGAGGUCUAUAAGUGAAGGGUUUCACAGAAAAUGCAAGGUCUAUCCAUGAAGGGAAUGCUCUGAAGUACCCUAGCAGCAUGGUUUAUUUAUAUAUGCUCCGGUGAAGGAAAUAAAAAGAGUGCCUUACAUCUUCUCAAGGAAAUUGUCAUGUAUCAUGUUAAGCAUGGUUACCCUGUCAUCUUUGUAUGUUUUCAUCCAUAAGUAUUAAUAUAAUCAGUUAUCAGUUA